UCCUAUCUUUCAUAUGACACCUCGUGCAGUACUUUGCAAUCCGACACUGGAUCAGAAGUCGGUUCACUUCCAUUGAUUUCAAGCGUUGAUGGUCUAGGAAAGCUGCAAUCUGUUGUAGGAAUGACUUUUCAAAAUGCUUUUGAAUUGUUGGGCAGAGCCAAACCCAUUCAGAAUUUGCUCAAGGCUGUUGUAACUGAUGUAAAGAUGUGGAAUGCUUUUCUAAACAAUAAAGCAGUUCAGGAAUUCUUGCGGCAGCUGGAGACAGGUGCCAACAAUGUAGUGACAAAUCUGAGCAGCAACCAGCAGACGGACAACCUCUCCAUUCAGCAAUGGUCAUCAGGUGCCAACAACAUAGUGAGAACUCCGAGCAUCAACCCUCAGACGCACAAUGACUUCUUCAGUCAACAACAAUCAUCAGGUUUUUCUAGCUUUAUUGUAUUUCCUAUGAUUUUAAAUAUUGAACGAUAUAAUACAUAUCGGUUCAUACAUGUUGAUUGUUUUGUUUCUCGAUAUUGA